AUGUUCAUUGGUGGUUUGAACUGGGAAACUACCGACCAAUCUCUUCGUGACUACUUUUCCUCCUUCGGUGAGGUCCAGGAAUGCACCGUUAUGCGUGACAGCGCUACUGGUCGAUCUCGUGGCUUCGGUUUCUUGACUUUCCGUGACCCGAAGACUGUCAAUACUGUCAUGGUUAAGGAGCAUUACCUGGAUGGAAAAAUUAUUGACCCCAAGCGUGCAAUCCCUCGGGACGAGCAGGAGAAGACUUCUAAAAUCUUUGUUGGUGGUGUUAGCCAGGAGGCAACUGAGCAGGACUUUAAGAACUACUUUACGCAGUUUGGUCGUGUUGUGGAUGCUACCCUCAUGAUUGACAAAGACACCGGGCGUCCCCGCGGAUUUGGCUUUGUGACCUUCGACAGCGAGGCUGCCGUUGAGAAAACCCUCUCUCGUCCUCUUGAAAUCCUAGGAAAGCCAAUUGAGGUCAAGAAGGCACUGCCUCGUGGUAAUUUGCGUGAGAACAAUGAUCAACGUGGUGGCCAGCGCAAUGGAGGAUAUCGUGAUCAAAAUCACAACGACGGAGGCCAGCAGCAAGCGCCUCAGCAGGGACAGGGUAGCACCAUGACCCCCCAGAUGAUGGCUCAGUACUGGCAACGCAUGCAGCAGUACUUUACCAUGAUGCAGCAGUCGAUGUCCCAGGGCCAAGGAAUGCCUGGAAUGAACAUGAACCCGGCUAUGAUGAAUCCCGCUAUGCUUCAGCAAAUGCAGCAGAUGCAGAUGCGUCAGCAGCAACAGCAGAUGGGUAACCAGCAGGGUGCUAUGAGCCCCGGUCCCCAGAGCCCCGGUUCUCAGCAGUCGAUGCCUAACAUGAUGAACCCCGCCAUGAUGCAGCCCAACCAGGCCAACAGCGCCACAGGUGGCCCCGGAAGUGACACCGCCAGCCCGGGUCCCAACGCCGCCGCUAUGGCCGCCAACCGACAGCCAGGACCAGGUUACAAUGCGCACGAGCAGCUUGCCUUCGAACAGCAGAAAUAUGAGCAACAGCAGCGAUCAACAGACCCCCGUGGAUUCUCGCCUUACCAGCAACAGGGAGGCCCGACUUCGUGGGAAGGCAUGUACGACGAGGUUCCCCAGCCUCAUAACUCAGGUGGACCAGCAGGAUCUACUCCUCAGCCUCAAAGCACAGCUCCUGCUAACGCCCCUACCGGACCCCGCAAUGCCGGCAAGCCGGGUGCGAACUAUCGUGGCGGCGGCCGAGGUGGACACCGUGGUUACCACCCCUACCAGCGCUAA